AUGGCGCAGAAAUGUCCCAUCGAGCAGAUCACCAUCGACGACAGUGAUGAUGAAGGCGUCAACAACCAACAAGUCCCUAGCGCUGUGAACAUUGCUCGAGGAAGUGACCAUGUGGAGCUCCAGGACGAGCUAGAGGAGACUGAGCAACAACAGCUGGCCCAAGCCAUCGCUUUGUCGUUGCUGGAUACGACCGUUGUGAAUUCGCCCACAGCUGCACCAGGUGAGUAGACCCUUACUGCGGGGGAAACUGGAUACUUGACUUUUCCCCGGUUGACAUACGCAACCCCCCGCGCGUCGACGCGGGAUCAUCACCGUCUCCCAUCGGUUCGUUAGCGAGCGGAAGCCAAAGGCAAAGGCCACCUUUGACCGAUAGGCAGUUGGAUGAAAAAGCUCGACUCGAACGACAAAGAGAGCGGGAGAAGAAACAUCAUGCAUCAAAUGGUCACGUUCGUGCUGCAGGGCCGUCACCUAUCGCGGCUCCCGCGCCGCCUGCACCGAAGCGCUCGCGUCCCAAUGUUGUCACUUUCUCCGAUCUGCCACGCAACAAUGCCCCGAAUAUACCAUCCAAUGCCACAGCGUCUACUUCGCGAACUCUUGCACCACCCGUCGAGGCAACUAGGAAGCAGUCCACCCGAUUUUGGGAAGGUGCGAUCCGUCGCGUACACAAUGUACUUGCGCAGCCCGACACCUUUGGCGAAAGCUUCACCUUUGCGCAAUUGGUUGCCGCCGACCAAAAGCUCGAGAUGGCGAUCGUGGGGUCGUACUGCCUUGAACUCGAAUGGGUCUGCUCGCACUUCAAGGCAGAGACGCCAGUGAUGCUCUUCAGAGCACGACAUUCCGACGAUCAUCCCUCGCGCUAUCAAAAGGUCGACGACUUGAUCAAGCCCCAGACAUUCCUCAUCUUGCCGGAGAGGUCGCUUCCAGGGCCCUGGAAGGGAACGAUGCAUACCAAGUUGCUGAUAUUUUACUACAAGUCUUUCUGUCGGAUCGUCAUCCCUACUGCGAAUUGUGUCGAACAUGAUUGGAGUAUUAUCGACAAUGCGUUUUAUGUUCACGAUUUCCCGGUACUCCAAGACACGCCUAAUACGUCAAGGUCCCCGGAACACAACCCGACUCAUACCCCGUUCUCUCGUGGGCUGUUGGAAGUCAUGUUGAGUAAGUUGGCCAGGGUGGCACGUUGCUGGGCGAUUCAGCACCUGACAGUGGCAAUCGGUGGUUUGCAGGCCUAGGCCUCACGAAGAAGUUCACGACCCCUUACCGACACUUCGACUUUUCCUCCUCCGCCGAAGUACGCCUGAUAGCGACAACCCAAGGCGUGUGGAAGGGAUUCGACAGGAUGGAACAGGGAGGAGGCGGUCUUUGCGCGCUCGCAAAAGCGGUACAAGAGAUCACGAGCCCGUCGCCAGGGUCGCGCUGGACGAUCGAGUACCAGGGGUCCUCGAUGAGUAAAUGCUCGGACAACUGGCUCGCUCAAUUUUACGGCGCCGCGGCGGGCAUCAGACCUCGCGCCUGGUUUCGACCCAAUAUCAAAAGGCCUGCUGCUCUUCCUGCCAACACUGCGGAUCUACCGCUCAAGAUCGUGUAUCCGACAAUGGACGAGAUCCGCAAUUCUCACUUGGGCGAGCCCGGAGGAGGUACCAUUUUUUGUCGACGCGACAUGUGGCAGAGCGCCAGCAGGGGUUUCGCUAGCCUUUUCCACAGGGGUCAGAGCAAGAGGGAUAGAGUCGCUGCUCACACCAAAACAAGUCAGUCGAGGCUAUACUGAGCAUCGUGACCCCUCAGAUCGUGACCAUGUGAUCCGACCCACCACGUUCUCGCACCAGUGGUCGCUCUGCGCAAACCGCCCCGAGGAGCCUCUGCUGCUCCUUGUCCGCCAUCUUACAAGCACGAAGGCUAUAUUUACGUCGGAUCGCACAACUUGUAGGUCUUCGAGCAAUUUCAGCGAUCGAAGGUGUGCCCUGAUGCCCACACCCGUGCCCUUGCCCAGCGGUCCAUCAGCGUGGGGUCAGCUCGAGCACAGCAGUGACACCAAGGAGCCGCAACUCAAGUGCAACAAGUAGGUGUAGAGUAAUCAUACAUGCUUUUGAGGCAACGGCUCCUCACUGAUUGACGUCUGAACUGGCUUUAUUGAAGCUACGAGCUUGGAGUCUUGGUUCCUAGUCAGUCCAAUGAACAGACACCAGCGUUCGUCAUCGUCGACGCCUUGAUUAAGUCCUUUCCUUGAGCCUUUGCAGUCCGUGGCGACUCGGAUGCUGAACUCGAAGCCAAAGCUUCAGAGAUAGCCACGUACCGUAGGCCACUCGUACCGGUGAGUUCACUCUUUCUUGUAGUCGCGGGGAUGCACUGGGGGCAAUUCGGUACCUCAAGAUGGGCAACUUGUGCUGACAAGCUUCGUCUUGCACUACCCUUGGGAUGACUAUCUGUCACUUUGCAUGCAGUAUGGUCCGAUGGACGAGCCCUGGAUUCAAGUUCCGCUAGAUUGA